GUCUUUGUAUCUUUUCCAAACACUCGGCCGUUUAGACUUUGAGCAGCAAGAAACAUGAAGAGCUCCUUCACGUUCACCAUCUUCUUCUUUGUUCUUCUCCUUACCUCUUGUGAGGUGAUGAGCGCGAGGAUGCAAGAGAGCACAAACAAUAUAUUGACUAUACCAUGCAAUACCAAUGAAGACUGUGCUAAGUCUUGCAGAGGUCCAUUCCACAACUGCCAAAAUCAUAGUUGUCAAUGCGUAGAAGGAAAUCCUAAUUGUUGCUAGAUAACACCCUCCUCCACACAUUGUCUCUAGAAGAAAAUGCUUAUGCUUCUGAUUCAAUAUAUUUUGCAUUGGAUUAAUUCCACCAAAUAAUAAAAUUAUGCUUCCUUGUUCGUCUACUUAAUUUCGUAAUUGCAUAUUCAGAAGACGCAGAAAUCGCUAGACACUAAACCGUAUUACUAAAACUCAGCUGUACUAAAAUAUGACAGUGGAAACUGUUCUGCCUUGGCAGCUUUUCUUGUAGUAGAUCAGAUGCAUUGUUCCCAAACCUCGUCUAAAACCAUUUUUUCUUGACAGAUUUUCAUGCUUAAGGCCACUUCUUCUUGCACAGUUGAUUCCACAAGAUCUUCUUCAUAUGGUUCUGACUCUAAGCAGAUUUGAGUUGAAACUUGCAUCUGUCGUAUUAGUGAAGGUUCUUUACCUGAAACAUUCAACCGCUGUUCACCGAGGUCCUUACUGCUUCUACCACCAAUGUAGCAGUAAGAUUCUUUACAUGGAUUCUUUAUGGUGCUUGAAACACACACACAAGUAAGUUUGGGAACACCACUCCCUAGUGAAUGUUGCACUGGCUGAAAAGGUGACGAAACACUUGCCGCAGAUGUACAAAAAAGUGAUGCAGUAGUCGAUGGAUUUGGUCCGAAAAGGUUAGUAGAGGAAGAUGCUGGCGAGUAAUCCAAACCACAUCUAGCUAAAAAACCUUCACACUUUGUAGGUGCUGAGGUGCUUGAAGCACAAACAGAAGUAACUGGUGUUGUACCAAAAACUACUGUAGUAGUAGUAGAGGAAGAAGAUGCUGGCCAGACACCAACAUCAGAUCUGACCCAUUCAAUACCGCAUCCUGUAGAAAAUGAAUUAAUACCCCAAGGCAUAUCUUGCGCUGGCUCAAACGGUGAAGAACGUGGAGGUGCUGGGACAUAACCAAUGGGAGGAAGCUUAAGGAUGUUGAAGUGCUAGGCGCACCAGAACCAAAAGUAGCUUGGACAGGAGCUUGCACUGACCCGAAUUUAGGUGGUGUGAGAGCAGAAGAUGCACAGAAACCGGAAGUGGUUGGACCAGGAGCUUGCGUUGGAGCAGAACUAACAUCAGGAGCAAAUCCGAAUGGUGAAGAAAUGUGAACUGGAGAUGAUGUUGUUGAGGUUGAAACAUUAACAGCAGAAUCAUAUCCAAGAGCUUGAACUGGUCGGGGACUAACCGGCAUUGAAUUGACUGAUGAGCCAGUCACAUUGCUCAGUUCGGAUUCUUGAAUAUUGAUUAUGCCUGAAGUGCGACAAUGGUAAAAGUUUC